AUGAUCUCCUCAACAAAUUCGAAUCCUUCCCAGAAUUCUUCGUCAUCCGGAUGGGGAGUUUCCUCGAUGGGCGCCCAAACACCAGGAACUUCUCGGGCGAAUGAAAUGGUGUCAACCGCCGGAUUCGCUUCCCAAUAUCCUCCAAUUCAACAACAUCACCUCCAUAUGCAACCGCCGACUCAUCAUCCGGAUCAGCAGAAUUUUAUCCCGCCGGAAAUGUCGACACCCUCUGCUUCAUACGCCGAUGCUCAACCACAAGGUAGUGGUGGCCAGGCCCCCACCGGCUCGAUCGGUGCUGUCGGUGCUGAGGAUAAACGCAAAGAAAUAUACGGAUACGAUGCGAAUUCAACCUUAUUUUCUUCUUGCUGGAGCCCAUCCGUAGACCCAGAAAAGCGUUUCCGGUUGGCCGUCAGUUCGUUCGUUGAAGAAUAUAGUAAUAAGGUGUCCAUAGUGCAACUUGACGAGUCGUGUUGGGAAUUGGUGCUCCGAUCUAGCUUUGAUCAUCCUUAUCCCGCCACAAAAUUGAUGUGGAUCCCGGAUUCGAAGGGAACGUAUCCUGAUUUGCUGGCCACCUCUGGCGAUUACUUGCGGUUAUGGCGGUUGGGCGAAGACGAUUCGGCGAGUCUUGAAGUGUUGCUGAAUACUAACCGUACGGCCGAGUACUGUGCACCGUUGACGAGUUUUGAUUGGAAUGAGGUGGACCUCAAUCUGAUCGGGACGAGCAGCAUUGAUACGACGUGUACAGUAUGGCAGCUCGAGACUGGGCAGGUGGUUGGGCAGACGCGAAAUGGGCGUAUGGAUGGGUCGGUUAGGACACAGCUGAUCGCUCACGAUAGUGAAGUAUUCGACAUCGCUUUCAGCCGGCAUAGCAAAGACAUCUUUGCAUCAGUUGGCAACGAUGGCUCGGUGAGGAUGUUUGACUUGCGCCACCUUGACCACUCAACAAUCAUCUACGAGGAUUCACAGAAACAACCCCUACUUCGGAUAGGCUGGAAUCGACAAGAUAACAAUUAUUUGUGUACGUUUGCCAAGGAUUCGACGGAGGUGGUAAUCGUGGAUACAAGGGUUCCUUGUACCCCGGUGGCACGUCUGCGAAAUCAUCGUGCUUCGGUGAACGGCGUUUCCUGGGCACCACAUUCUAGCUGUCAUCUAUGCACCGCAGGUGACGACUCGCAAGCGCUUAUUUGGGAUAUACACGAGCUUCCAAGGCCUGUUGACGAUCCAAUACUUGCUUAUCAGGCGGCCGCUGAAGUAAACCAAGUACACUGGUCUUCCGGCUUCCCCGAUUGGAUCAGCAUUUGCUACAACAACCGCCUUGAAAUACUACGGGUA